AUGGCACAUGCUGCAGAGUCGCCUCGCCUCAUUGAUGUUGCGGCCUCAAAAUUGUGUGACAACUGGUGGCGCCAGCGAUUAACGUACUUUCUUUUGUUCUUUGACGCCGCCAUAUUGGACAUGGUUUUGCAGACCCUGCCGCGUAUCGCGGCUGAGGUGAGCGCCCCGCUAUCCCAGUGCCAGAAGGUGACCAUGGUUUCCACGGGCGAGGGCGAAGUGGGCAUCUCAAAGAUCUCCAACGAGGUCAUGAAGGUGGUGGAGAGUUUGCCGGCACUGGUCACCUCAGUAACUGGCCAAGACAUGCGCUCCUUCAUUACGGCCAAGUAA